AACCGGUGACAGACUCUUCUGUCACACCUCUGCGUGUUUCUGGUUCAGGUUGGGUUUCUGCGCGUCUGAGCUGCGCUGUCUCUUUAAGUCCUUCAUGUUACCGGAAGUGUUCGGGGUGUUUCCAGCUGAUCGGAACAACAGAAGUAGCAGGAUCUCCCUCUGUGGACGGAUCUGUCUGCGAUAACCCUGCAGCUGCGGCGGAGCGCUCUGGUCCUGACCUCCAGCGGCCCCUUCCCGCUCUAAAAGCCAUCUUCUCCGGAGGUGAUUUGAAGAAGAACCGGGGGAUAUCCCCGGUGUCCCUCUCUCCCUCUCUGGUUCUCCUUCAAGCCGUCACUAAGCUGCCGUGAACCGGUACCGUGGGCUGCUUUUAGCCCGGACUGUCAUGAUCCCAGCUCGGAGAUGGCGUCCUUCCCCGGUUUGUGUAAGGCUGUCGGGCCCGCGGAGGAGGAGAACGGAGAGCUGGACGGCUCCCUGCAGCAGAUGCUGAAGGCCAUCGCCGACGAAAGGAACCGACUAAACAGUCGGCAGGAGAUCAGCGGACUGGGCUGCUUUAAAGAUGACCGCAUCGUUUUCUGGACCUGGAUGUUCUCCACGUACUUCAUGGAGAAGUGGGCACCUCGGCAGGACGACAUGCUGUUCUACGUCCGCAGGAAGCCUGCCUACGUCGGCGCAGACAACGGCGAGGGGAAAAAGGUGGAGGUGGAGGUCUACAGAAGGGACUCAAAGAAGCUUCCGGGCCUCGGUGACCCAGACAUCGACUGGGAGGAGAGUGUUUACCUGAAUCUGAUCCUGCAGAAGCUGGAUUACGUGGUAACCUGUGCCGUCUGUACGCGCUCAGACGCCGGCGACAUCCACAUCCACAAGAAGAAGUGUCAGGAGGUUUUCGCGUCUCCCAGCAAACACGCCAUGGACAGCAAAGGAGAAGAGUCCAAGAUGAGCUAUCCCAACAUCUUCUUCAUGAUUGACAACUUUGAAGAGGUGUUCAGAGACAUGACCGUCGGCGAGGGCGAGAUGGUGUGUGUGGAGCUGGUGGCGAGCGAUAAGAGCAACACCUUCCAGGGCGUCAUCUUCCAGGGAUCCAUCCGCUACGAGGCCCUCAGGAAGGUUUAUGACAACCGGGUGAGCGUCGCUGCUAAAAUGGCCCAGCGGAUGUCGUUCGGCUUCUACAAGUACAACAACAUGGAGUUUGUGAGGAUGAAGGGGCCACAGGGGAAGGGUCACGCAGAGAUGGCCGUCAGUCGGGUGCCGACGGGCGACACGUCACCCUGCAACACAGAGGAGGACCAGGUGUCCCCCAUGCAUGAACGGGUGACGUCGUUCAGCACUCCUCCGACCCCCGAGAGGAACCGUCCCUCCUUCUUCUCUCCGUCCCUGAGAAGAAAAGUCCCCCGAAACCGAAUCGCAGAGAUGAAGAAGUCCCACUCCGCCAAUGACAGCGAGGAGUUUUUCAGGGAGGAAGAGGAUGAAGACAUCCACACGGCCACCAACCUUCGCUCGCGCUCGCUCUCUGGAACCGGGCGCUCUCUGGUCGGCUCCUGGCUCAAACUGAACCGCGCCGAGGAUUACUUCCUGCUCUACUCGCACCUGACCUACGUCACGCUGCCGCUGCACCGCAUCACCACAGACAUCCUGGAGGUGAGGCAGAAGCCCAUCCUGAUGACAUAACGGAGCCGGACUUCCCCUCAGAGCAUCUUUACAAAGUGCCUCCACCAUCAGGCCACUGAAACAACAGCAGCGCCCCCAGCUGCCCGGGCGCAGACCUGCAGCCAAUCACCCGCUUCACCCGAGACGCUCAGGAGACGACCGAGGCGCAGAGACGCUCCGCAGACAAACCAGCCAUCCAGGAAGUGCCUCCUCUUCUUUUUUCAACGCCCUGCCAAGUCCGAGGUCGUCUCCGUGGAAACGGGCCUGGCGUCAGGACCACUUGACCUCAGCGUGAAGAGGCUUUGGUCGAACUCUGAACAGGAGGAAGAGGGAAAUUAAUGUUUGUUUUCCUGUAAAUAUCUGCUGCUUUCCUCACUGAGACGCCUUGACUAAAGGUUGUGCUUUUAAAGACCGUCGUCCGUUUUUUCGACCGACGCGUCGCAGAGUUGCUCUUUUUCUAAUAUUCUGCACCAUUUAAAGGGAGCAGGAGAUUAAAGUUUGAUGUUUUCUUCAACGCAGACAGAAAACCUCCACAUUCACAGCCGGAACCAACUUUCCAACAUUUUCUCUGUCGUCAAAAAUAACCAACAUGUUCAACUUUAAUCUGAUGGGAGCGGAAAAUGUAAAUUUGAAUAAAUUUACAUGAAGGAAAUGAUUUGUAAGAAUCUUAUUCCCAGAAGAUCUUUUUUUGUUCAUAUUUGUAUCACUAACAAACCAACAGGUUUUCUUAAACUUUAUUAACAUCAUAAAAAAGUAAGUCUGCAGAACAUUACUGGUAUUUAAUCUCAUUAUUUCACCGCACUAAAAUUAAUAUUGAAUUUGACUUUUUAUUAAAUUAGUAAAUUCGGUCUAUUUCCAGCACUGUUUUGUCUUAUUUUAGUUAACCUGCUUAAAACAAAAUGUUUUAGUUACUUUGUGUGUAGAAAACUAAGGUUUUGUUACAAGGAAAUUUUUUUUUGAUGUUGUUUUUUCUUUAAUGUAAGGUUACAUUUUUUGCAAAUAAGUCGUUACAUUCUAAACCCUCAAAGUGAAU